GGCAUUUAGUGCCCUGGGAGCAGCUUAUGGAACCGCAAAGUCUGGUACUGGUAUUGCGGCGAUGUCGGUCAUGCGACCUGAGCUUAUCAUGAAAUCCAUCAUUCCCGUUGUCAUGGCUGGUAUCUUGGCUAUUUACGGUCUGGUCGUCGCUGCCCUUAUAGCCAAUAGUAUAGAUGGUGAAUAUGAUCUUUUCAAGAGUUUCUGUCAUCUCGGAGCAGGUUUGAGUGUCGGUCUGAGCGGUCUCGCUGCCGGCUUUGCUAUCGGUGUUGUAGGCGACGCUGGCGUAAGAGGUACAGCCCAACAACCAAGAUUAUUCGUGGGAAUGAUUCUAAUUCUUAUUUUUGCUGAAGUGUUGGGUUUAUACGGACUGAUUGUGGCUCUAAUUUUGGCCACAAAGACCAAGAACUAAGAUCUACGGUGCUCAUUUUAGGUACCCGUUUUAACAAAAUAAUAAAAAUAUAAAAAAGUAUAAUACUUGGAAAGAUUGUGGUAGAAUAGUGUCUAUAAAAUUUAGAAAAAAAACAACACAGUAUGAGAAGAAGUCAUUUUCCUUACUGUCAUAACAGUUUAAACAUGAAAUUCACUUUUCUUUUUAAUAUGGAACAAAAUACAAGUGUGAAACGCAUCUUAUAAAUGGCUUGAUUGAAUGCAAAGCUUGGGUAGAUUAAGGUUCGGGUUAAUUCUAUUGAGAAAAUGUCAACAUUUUUGCAUUGCAUCAAAAAAUUCUAACGAAUGACACAACGUCCUCAAGGAAUUGAUUUAUGUGCUGAUCAUAUUCAUAAUUCCGAAUAAAUAUAAUGAACAAAUUUUCAUAGUGGAUAUAUCUAGAAAUAUAUUUAUGAGUGUCGAAAUACAGGGCAUUUCUCAUUUAAGUCGGACAAAAUUUUGCACUUUUACUGUCUGCGAUCAUAAGUGCAUAUAUAUAUUAUGUCAGUUUGUGUAUACAUGAAUAUUGUAUCACAAUUAUUGUCAAUAUUUUAAAUUAAUCCGGUUCAAAGCAAUACCGACUUGAAUAAAAAAUGCUCAAUAUUUCUGGUCUUACAUUUACGAAGCAUGUAUGCUACUGAAUGUUAUUUAAAUAAAAAAUAACAAAAAAAACUUGUUUUGACUGAAUUGAAAAACAACACUUUUCGUGAUAAAUAUUGUAUAUUAUGUUUUGUUAUAAUAUAUUACAUGUAUAUAGUGAGUAGUCUUCGAACGAUGGACUGACAAACUGUGAAGAAACCAGGGUAGAGUAAAUAUAUAUACAAUACGUAUAUAUAUGGAAAAAAAAUGUUAAUGUUACUUGAAAAAUAAAGUAAAAAAAAAUUAGAAUGUAAAUAUAAAAAUUUAGUUGUUAUUUUUAGCAUUUGAAGGUACAAAAAAAUGUUUAAAUACAAAUUAACCCACUUCAUGGUAAAAUAAAUUCACUUCAUGGUAAAAUAAAUUAAGAUCUUUUAAAAAUUUUCCCCUCCAGGUACAUGUAGUGUACAUGUAGUGUAACACAUGUAUGUAGAUUUCAUCAAAUAUCAUUAUAUCUUUGUAAUUAAAUUUGUUAGUUUUUUUUUUUUAAUUUUAAUUGAUAAUGAGUAAUCAUAUUAAAUUUGCCAAAAUGUAGAAUAAGAAUGUUUAGAUGAUAUAAACUUGUACUUACCAGUUAAAUAGUUAAGAUUUAGAAAAAUAAUGUAUAUGUGAAAUAAAAACAAAAAGAAUUUAUGUAUUUAUACUUUUUCUUCUAUAUGCUUUCAAGACAACUGUCUCUUGUGAUCAGAUUAUAGAUUUUAGUCAUAAUUUUUAUAUUUAGUUGUUUUUUUUCGGAACAUUUGUUUUGAAAUGUUCGUAGCUUCUCGUAACCAAGACAGAAUUGUAAAGCUUUAGCUUGUUGCUAGAAUUACAAAAAAAUUACCUUUGCUGAAAUGGUUUAAUUUUACAUUCUGACAAAAUUCAUUGGUGAAAUAAUUAAUAAAUUUAAUGAGAAUGAGUGGUUUGCUAAUGAUUUUGAGGUAUGUAUAGUCUGUUUCAAAUAAUCUAUUUAUAUUUUUUAUUAUUACUGAAUGAUUUUUAUUUGAUUUUUUUUCUUAAUUUAUAACCUGUUUCAAAAAUAAUAUAUUUGGAUUGAUCUGGCCAGUUAUUUUAAGAAACAAACUAUUU